AUGGUAUCCGCAAAUGCUCCUGCGACUGUUGUGUUGUUGGUAACCAUGCGCGUCAUGCCUGGAUGUUUCAGUCAGAGGUCACGGGGGAAGAGAAAGAGCGGCCCUUACUUGGGCUACUUCUGCCAGUAUGAUCUGGCAACCAAGAAUAUCAGAAGAUCCGAACCGCACCAGGCACGUUGGGAGGUAGCAUCCAGUGGCAUUGUCAUGCUCUUGAGUAACUAUGUGAAAACAGAGAAGCAUCGAGAAAAUGAUGCGAGCGCCAGCUUUAGCGCCCAGGUGCAUAGACGGAGUGCGAUAAAUGACCAUAACAGUGGGGGAACUAAGAUACGGGAUCUGGCCCAUCCAGCGCCCGGAUAUGAGUUCAACGAAAAAGCUUACACGUGA